AUGCAUUUUUAUAGUCCAUCAAUCCAUCAAGCUAUCUUUUCACAUUCUCUUGGUGUCAUCAAAGUCCAUUUGGUCUUCUUACAACAGUUGCCAGUGGCGAGUUCUAUUGCUUUGAAAGACGAAGAUCAACAUUUGAAUUUGGCUACCUGCAAGUCAUCUCUUUAUCGGUGGAUCUUCAGAGCAAUGUUUUUUUAUCGGUGCCAUGGCGGAUCUCAUUCCUCAAGUACUUGUAUGGAUACCUUGGACGUUCUCUUGGCAAGUCAAUAUUCUCGCGUAUGCUAUUUCGUCAAGACCGGAUUUAUUUGUUGCGGUGCAUGA